AUGCAUACCUCCAACGCCUCGCUCCGACCCCGCCAAAGGACCUUCACCUCCUGUACUGAAUGCCGCAGGAGAAAGCAGAGAUGUAACCAGGCCAAAGAUCGGCCAUGUAACAACUGCGCGAGAAGGUAUCCGCCAGUAGUUUGCACAUAUGAAAGCUCCAGCUCACCACCACCGACCGACCGUGAUGUCGACAUGCGAGAUAACCAUGUCUCGCAGCAGGACAGUGGUCGAGGGAGCGGGAAUGAUGUCUCAAGCCCUGCCUACAUGCCAACACCCCAGUCCAGUGUCAGCGAUACACCCAUAACCUCAACAUCAGACGCAUACUACAGUUCCCAUGGUUACUAUGCAAUUGCAACAACGAGGGCCGAAUAUCGGCAGUAUCAAGGCGAGGGACCAGCGAAUACUCAAUAUGUCGCGACAUCGGGUAGCUACUCGGUGAACGGUGGUUACUACCAAGACCAAACGAAUUACAGUGUCGCGGGAUCCACCCAGGGCCAUACUGGAUAUUACCCGAUUACAGACCAGCAGCGCACUGACUGGCUUUCUUCUAAUGGCGACCCAGCUGCCUUUGUGGGCGCUGGCUCAGAUUACUAUUAUGUCGAGCCCGAUCCAGACGAUCACACGGCCCCAAGGCGAUGA